AUGAUACUCGGCGACUCCAUCACCCACGGCGCAAACGGGGACUGGACCUGGCGCUACCGGCUCUGGCAGUGGCUGCACUACAACACGACCCUCUCGCCAGAGUUUGUCGGCCCGUUCAAGGGCACAUUUCUCGACGAUGGCGAUCCCAACACAGAAUUCGACACGUCUGGCAAGUACCACGCGGGUACAGACGGGGUAUUCCUCACGACAUCCUCGGGGCACGCGGCGUACUGGGGCCGGGCGCUCGCCCAGUCCAAGGACACCGUCUCCCAGUGGACGCGCGACCACCAGCCAGAGUAUCUCCUCGUCAUGCUCGGGUUCAACGAUCUCGGGUGGUUCGUGACAGACGUCGCGGGGGCGCUUGCAAACACGCAGAAGUUCAUCGAGGAGGCCAGGCGGGCCAAGCCAGACGUCAAGUUCUUCUUCGCCAAUAUUGUGGACAGAGCGUUCUUGGGCGGGAGGGAAGAUCUCGUGAAGAACACAAAGGAAUAUAAUCAACGCCUUCCCGGUCUGCUGCAGAGCAUGGCCAGUUCCAGGUCGUUCGUCAAGCUCGUCGAUGUCAAUACUGCUUAUGAGUGCAGACCUGAGGGCUGUCCGGACGCAUAUGAUGGACUGCACCCGAACCCGCACGGAGAGUACGACAUUGCCCUCGCAUUCUCCGUCGCCAUGGUGCAGGCCGGGUUCGGCGCUAGCCCGCUUGUUGUACCGUUUUGCGGCAUGUCGUCGCCAUACACGUGUCCGUUUUGA